AUGGAAUAUACAAACGUGCUUGUGCUUCUUAUGUUUGCAUAUGCCGUGUGCUCAACACACAGCAUGCAUACGUUCCAGAACGAGUCUGAGCGCUACUCCUUUAUGGAUCACGGGCAGGACGUAUACUUUGCGCAACACGCAGGCAUGAAUAACUUGGGCUUUGCUGCUGAUGCAUACACUGCAGAGCCUAGCACUGCCCGCAUGAACUAUAUGGACCAACCAAUCCCAGAAGAAUUUACACAAACAUACUCCGACAUUCUGCAGCCCAUGGAGAGUUUUCGCAUAGACCAGCAGAAAAAUCCGACUUGGGAAGCCCACAAGCGCAUGGCAGCGACCAGAUACUCCUCUGCAUCUUCUCAGAUGUCUGCAUCGAGCAAUAACACGUACGACAACAGCUAUGACACCUUCACAAGCGACUCCGACUCUAACCAAAUGCCAGACGCUGAAAGGCCCAGGCUUGUGCAAAAGCGUAAUUUCUCUCCACGUGCUGGCAAAGCCCCCAUGGAAGAAAGAUCCUCCAGUGCACGAAUGUCCGAUGAAACCACCAGCCCAAGGAGCACGCACAUCUCAAGCAAGAACGCAAGUUUUUCCAGCGUGGAGGCUGCCUUGGAGGAGUUUAGCUCUUUUGUAGAGGAUUUCACUUCUAACCCACCCUCAAGAUCCUCUAUGAUGAGUCACAGCUACAGCGAGACGCAGGAAGAAAAUUCUGGUUCUCGUGCGGAAAGAAGCGCAUUGAUGGAUGCGCCUGCCCACGGUAUAAACUUGCUCAAGGCUGAGGAGCCACGCCUCUUUGAAGAAAUGCACUACACAUUUCACAAAAUAAUGGCAGCCCCCGCCCCUGGAAACACCUUUGGAGUGGGCAAAAAGGAAGAAAUCAUCCUCAAUGAGAGCGAGGGAGUUUACAGGACUGCAAAUGAGCCCUAUUUAGAGCAGGGCCAGAUAAACCGUGAAAAUAGCAUAUACGGUUCUUUACCGGGACGCUUUGCAGAGGACGCUGCAGAAAAACAUGUACAAAAAAAAAUGCCGAACAACACUAUUCCUCCUGCACGCCCUGUAGACGAAGAAAAAAGAGGAAAUAGCACGAGGAGCCACAAUCGCUUGCCCAACCGCCCUAUUUCAGAUCCUAGUCGCUCUGAAAAGAAUUUUAACCCGACAGCACAGAAAUCCCCGUUUAAAAUGGACUUUUCUGAGAUAUUCAAGAAUGAUGCGCCUCCCACGAAGCAUUUGGAGCCGUCUCCUGCGCUUCCCGCCCAGGCGAAUCGUUUUCCACUCUCAGGCAACGCGCCAGCUGCCAGCAGAGCGCCUCAAGCACGCAACGGCCCAAUCGAUGGUGCUAGGCCGCAGGAGAUCAACAACCAGCUGAGGAGGAAAACCCCCGAAUCGUCGCCCUACUGUACCACAAUGAACCCAAUUUCCAUAUACCUAGAUCAAACUAAGAGCAUGCUGAAGGUCUCUGAGUUUUUAGAGGUUUACCCGGAUGGAUCUACGUAUCCAAAGCACUCUAGGAUGUUUUUGGUGACAAAAACCCUUUCGCGCACAGGAAACAACCUGUUCAUGCCCGAGGCACAAAACCUGGCGAUGAUACUCAACGCCGAGCAGAAAAUGGACAAGCCUGCAGUUUUCCUGCUUGACAGUCUAGAGUUCAGUGCACCGAGUGCUGACUCCGGCCCAAUACCAACGCCAAAAAUAAGGUCCAACCGUUGCAUUAAGGUAGGCUUUACAGGCAUGUGCAAAAGCCUGUCAAGCAUGAAAGAAAUAACGAUGUUCCUCACAAAACUUGCAAGCCAGGUCAACAUUUAUAUGGGCACGUGCAAAUGCGGAAUUUCAAAAACUUGCGGAAACAAGGCCUUUGCCAUGGGCAUGAUUGAGAUGGUGAAGAAGGACUGGUCCGACCAUAUGAAACAAAGCCAGAGUUUGUCGAUUAUGUACCAAGACGUCCACAUUGAGAGGAUAGAGGACUUGGUGCGCGAAGAUAGGGUCCGCCAGCAGCAUUAUAUGCACUUGCAGUUUGAUUCCCUCAGGGUUUCAUUCUCCAACCUGCCAGGCGUCAUUACCAAGCUAAUAUCGGGUUUGAAAUCGCCCAACGUCUUCUAUUCCAACUUUAUGGUGCGGUCCUUGAUCAUUGAGCUUCCUAAAAUAGCCUUGCCCUCCAAAAGCAGCGUGCAAAAGAAAGUGCAGCAAAAUGCCAUGGAUUCGAUCCGCGGUAUGAUUUCCAAGUAUAUGAAAAAUGUGCUAAUCGAAAAGCGGAUAGAAGCCCCGUCCAAAUUCGCAAUAGGUGCCACGAGCAAACAGCCCAAAAACAUCUCCAAAAUGACUUACUUGAUUCCGCCAGCAACUGCCGUUUCCAAAGUGUGCUUCUCCUUCAACACGGCAGACUAUGUGCCCACCUCUACAUACAAACAAAUAUUAGGGUUCUUGAAAGAGAAUGUAAAUGUGCUGAAAACUGAAAUUUCCAUAGAAGAAACAACAUCGCUGCAGCAGCUUCAUGGUUUUAUCGCAACAAUGAAGAAAAAGCUGGUAUCGAUAAAUGACUACACAAAUGUUUUCUUUUCGGCUAGCAUAUAUGACCACACAAAGGGGGAUAUACCCGAGCCCAAAGGAAAAAUGCUCUGCAACACAGAAGAACUUUGGCUGCUGCUCUCCGGGCUAUGCGAUAAAAUCAUUAACAUUCCUAAUCAGAAAUCUAAAUUUGUCGAAAACUCGUAUGUUCUUGAGGUGUCCAUCAACCUAAGGUUCCCACCCGCAAACCCAAAUGCUCCCAGAGACAUGUCCUACUACACCAAGAAGUACCCCCAGAGAAUCUACAAAGACAUAGCGCAUAGUCUGUGGGCAGCCUACAACAUAACCCCAGAGAUGCUGGGCACCGGGAUUUGA